AUGCAGCUCUCACUCCUCGCCAGUACCGUCCUAUACACAGCCGCCACCGCUUGGCCCCAUUAUUCAGAGCCAAAGGACCAUGAGUAUCAGGCUCCCAAAGGCGACGAUCGCCGAUCCCCAUGCCCGGGUUUGAACGUGAUGGCGAACCACGGAUUCCUCCCUCGAUCCGGGAAAGAAAUAACCCUUGAACACAUUCGCUACGCAACCGGGGCAGCUUUCAACUUUGCUCCCGGUGUCUUCGACUCUGCCGUGACGGAUGUUUUAGGGAACGGCAUCUCUACGACAAACACUCCCAACUCCACGUUCAACCUGGAUGAUCUAGUCUCGCCCAAAGCGCACGGCAUCGUCGAGGUCGACGGCUCGCUCUCCCGCAGCGACCUGGCUCUCGGCGACAACCUCCACUACAACCAAGAGAUCUGGGACGCCGUGGCCGAGAACCUUGGGCUCAACCGCAUCUGCAAGGGCGACAAGAUCGUGACUGUCGAGACCGCGGCGAAAGCACACGCCGCCCGGCAGGUUGUGGCAAAGGCGGCGAACAAGGACUUCGAUGCCUCCGAGCUCCAGUCAACGGUAACACUCGGCACGACAGCCUUGUAUCUUCUUACUCUGUGGGAUGGUGCGAGGAACGGUGCUCCAAAGACAUGGGUUAAGACGUUUUUCGAGCACGAGCGCAUCCCGUACAAGGAAGGGUUCCAGAAGCCUACAAAGGCCAAGACUGGCGAGGAUCUUGGCAAAAUGUUUCAGGCCGUCAGCGCGCUGAUAUUCAGCCAAUUUAUUUGGAAACUUGAACGGGUAUAUUCAUUCCUACACGAGCAUCAACAUAAUACACCAAGUCUUGAACUGGGACCUUCCUGGGACAAAAUUGAGCGUUUUGCCGCUUCGGGCACUGGCGACGCUCUCAAGGUAGUCCAGCUUCUGCAGCAGAACCCCAAUAUGAUGAUGGACCGUUUCGGCAAACGCCAUGAAGCGAACUUUGUCCUGGCGUUGCCAUCGCGAAGUAGGAUUUUUAGCAGAGAGGAACGACUGGAUGCGGGCGAGAUAUCCGUCACGUGCAGAGCCGGUCGUAGGGGCGGAGGAAGAGGGAGCCAGCUCGUAGUGCUGUGCCAAGUUUGCGAUGGUCUCUUCGAAGAUGCUCACGAUGGAUUCGAGAAUGCCUUGGGUGCUCUCAUGGAAAUCGCGGUCCAGGAGAUAGCCAUCCGAGCUGGGGGACAGCUGGGCCUUCUUGGGCCCGUCGAGGCCUAUGCCAUGACCCCAUUGCUCGAGCCGCUGGUGCUCUGUCGAGAUGCGCGCCUGGAGGGCCUUUUGAUCGUAGUUAUUCAGACGCCAUUCAUGGCCGACCGACCUCAUGAUAUCCUUGCACCGGUCGUAGGCAGAGACAAGCGCGACGAGUGGCGAGCUGGGAUCCGCGGGUUGGCUGGGAGCCAUUUGAUGGAUGUUUUGUUGAAGAUGAAGCCUCUCGGGCCUCUGCAGGAGGGGAUUUAG